CAGCCCUACCAGCCCCUUUCCUUCUGGCGGCCGCGGUGGUUCCUCCCUUUCCUGGCGGUGUCUCCGGGGGGCACCGUCUUCGUUCUCUCAGUAGAUCCCUUCUCUCCCGCCUCAUCCCCGUUCUUUCCAGAAGGCAGUCUUUAUACUUUUCCUUACUGUUUCUUCCCACUUCUCUCCGCUUCUUUCCUUCCUUCCUUCCUUCUCCAGAAUUCUCGUUCUUCGACUGCCCGUCAGGCUUCUCUCCCUUUCUGGAGCCUGUGCUCAUGGCUUAGGAGGUUGAGCUUUUAGCGCAGUCGUUUGAAGAUUUUAAGCUUCUCCUUUCUCCUACCCAGGAGUCACAGAUGCCAGGAAGUAUGGCCCCCCUCAAGAAGCCUCGAAAUACCGCCAGGGUGCCUCUGGCCUUAAACCCCCUGAAGAGCAAGGACGUGUUGGCCGUGCUGGCUGAGAGGAACCAGGCUAUAAUGCCAGUUGGGGCAUGGGUGGAACCUGCCUUGCCAGAUAGCUCGGAAGUCCCAGCAUAUACUUCAGCAUAUAUGAUUGAAGAAGAACUAAAGGAAAAGCUAAGAAAAAAACAAGAAGCUCUGAAGCAUUUUCAGAGACAAGUCAAACGCCGAGUAAAUCAGCAAAUCAGGCUGAGAAAAAAGCAGCAGUUUCAGAGAUCUUAUGAAGCAGCAGAAAAAGAAGGCUCUAUAGCCAUGCAGUCUUCAGAUCCAGCACGUUUAACUCCUAAAAGAACAAGUGUUUUCCCAGACAACUUGAAUGUUGCUAUUGGAAGUGCUGGGUUACCUCCUUCCCAGAUGCUUGGGGAUGGAAUGGAUGAUAGAGAGAAUCAGAAUGAAUUAUUCCAACAACAAGCCCAGGCUCUUAGUCAAACCAUGAAAGAGGCCCGUCACCGGCUGGCAUCCUUUAAGACUGUGAAUAAAAAAAAUGCGUCAGUGUUUGCAGACAGUAGAAGGAAAACCUCUCCCCCACAAGAGGAGCCUGACUUUGAGGAAUCUUCAUCUAUUACGACAGAUAAGGAGACAGAAAAUUUGUUUUGGGAAGACCAGCAUUCUCUCCUUUCUGAAGACAGUAACAAACCUUUCAGCAGAGUUCAGAAAGUACAGUUCAAAAAUCCAUUAUUUGCCACGAUGAAAGAGGAAGAACAAAAGCAAUUAGAUCUUCAGGGCCUUCAGAAUAUUCUGCCAGAAGCCCAGGAUUAUCUUCCAGAAGGCCAAGGUGAUCUGCUGGAAGCUGAGGGUGAUUUGACAGGAGUCCAGAGUGUUGAGCUAGAAGCUGAGAGUGUUGAACCAGAAGCCAAGAGUGUUGAGCCAAAGCUCAGUAUCCCAGCUAUUGAGCUGGAAAGCCAAGCUGUUGAGCCCAAAGCGCAGCCUAUUGAGCCUAAAGCCCAGGCUGUUAAGAUAAAAACUCAGGGUAUUAUGCCAGAAGCCCAGAAUAUUGAACCAGAAGAUGAGAGUAUUGUGUCUGAAGUCCAGGAUUUGCUACCCAAAGAACAGUGUGUUCUUCCCAAAGACCAGAAUAAUCUACCCAGAUGUCAGGACCAGGACUUUCUACUUAAAGACCAGGAUCUUCUACUGAAAGACCAGAAUAUUCUACCUGAAUGUCAGGACCAGCAUUUUCCACCCAAAGACCAUCAUGUGCUCCCCGAAGACCAGAAUAGUCAAUCUAAAUUUCAGGACCAGGAUUUUCUACUAAAAGACCAGCAUCAGCAUUUUCUACCCAGAGAGCAGGAAACCAGUUUGAAGCAGCCAGCAUCAAUUUUGAUAGGCCCAAGAGGGAGAGAGGCAUUUCCUUUGGAUGUCCAGCAGGAUCUUCCACCCGGGCAUCAAGAUCAGACUUCCACCAGGGACAAGAAAGUACGCUUCAAGGAGUCAUAUUCUGAUGUGUCAAGUAAAAAAGGAAGAGAAGACUAUUCUCUGGCAGGUUAUCAGUAUCUGCCUCCUAAACUCCAGGACCAGACCUUCAUCAGAGAUCAGAGCAAGUAUAUCAAGCAACCCUCAUCUUAUGAGAAAUGGGAGAUUGAAAGAAGAGUUCCUUCUGGAGUGCCAUCAAGCUUAUACUUCAGAAGGCAGCCAUCUGUUGGGACAGCUGAAAGAUGGCGAGAGGAUUUGCUUCUGGAUGACCAUGAGCAUCUGCCGGCCAAACACCAGAGAGAGGCUUGCAGCAAAAGACAGGUUUAUGAUGAAUAUCAAUCAAGAUUGAGCACUGAAUUUCAAAUUCCGCUGACACUCCAGUCUGGAGUAGAUCAGGAAGAAGAUAAGAGAGAGCGUCAAAAGCAAUACCUGAGAUACAGACGACUUUUCAUGGAUAUUGAAAGGGAACAAGUAAAAGAACAACAAAGGCAAAAAGAACAUCAGAAGAAAGUUGAAAAAAUUAAAAAAAAGAAAGAACAGCAACGUUAUGCUGAAGAGCAGAGGAUACUAAGAAUGAACUUUCACGAAGAGCUGUAUUCAGGGGAGAAGAUGAGUGACAUAUUAGCCCAGAUGAAACUUGAGGAACUAAAAGGAGUCAGAGAAAAACAACAACAGAGAGAAAAGGAAUCCCAAAGAUAUAUGGAAGCUCUGCGAGUCCAGAUCCAGGAGAAAAUGCGGCUGUAUAAUAUUACUCUACCUCCACUGUGCUGCUGUGGUCCUGAUUUUUGGGAUGCUCAUCCUGAUACCUGCGCCAACAACUGUAUUUUCUAUAAAAACCGUAGAGCGUAUACCCGGGCACUACAUUCGGUCAUCAAUUCCUGUGAUAUCCCUGAGGGGACCUCAACUGUUCGAGUCGCCAUGCAUAAUUUGGCUUCUGCACACAGACGGACUUUGAAAAAUCUGUAAUGAGAAUCUGAAUCCAAUUGUUAGUAUUUCAAUCUUCACUUAAAGUCAACCCUGAGAGAUUAUUUCGGAAAAGCUGUUAAAAUGUAUAAAAUGUGUAAUCUGGAAAGAAGGACUGUCUGAACAAGACAACCAUCUCUAUAAUUAGAUCAUAAACAUUGUUUCAGCCUCUGCCUGGGACUGAAAUUGAAAGUCGACCUCCAAACUGGUAUUUUUGCUGUGAACUGUAGAGAGUCUAUUGUUUUAAAAAUGAUCACUCAGACCAGUAAGGUUUUUUUUACUUAGCUCUGCUCUGAUCAGAAGAGAUCAUGAGAAAUCUUUGAGAUUAUCUCAUUUAUUGUCUUUCUUAAAGUGUAUCUUUGAAUCUUGACAAGAUUGAAAAUGUCUAGAUAAAGCUGAAAAGAAGAUGAUAUGAGUUUCUAAGUAUCAGUGGCCAUCUGUAUUGCCGAUAGCAUUACUAGUUGUGUAUAACAAUUAGAGGUGAGAAGAAUCUGAAUUUGAUGCAUAUUUUUUUCUCAAGAUUUUUCUCUACUGGUUUUUUAACUUAUUACCUCUUUCCCCAUUCAGUGACAUUGGACGUAGGACUUUAUAAUUUUAUAAUUUUGUAUUGCAAAAAUAAGGUGAAUAAAACCUCUGUCUUUUGAGAAUCUUGUAGGUGAAAUCAUUAUGAGUGACUUUUCAAAAAGUAAACUUGAAGUCAAAGUGAGUAAUCAAGUCCUGCCUUAUUUAUCCCUGUCUUUUAAGAAUCUGGUGAAUGGCCUAGCUACAAAACAGAUGAAAUAAAAAUUUCUGUAGUUAGUA